AUGGCGUCGGGGGGCGACGCAGCCGCGCUAGCCGCCUCGCACAUUAACCAGGAACAAUUGCUGCAUGACCUCGAGAGCAAGUAUCUGAACGUCAAGAGCGACUUGGCCCUUGUCGAGCGCAACUGUCAGACGCUGGAAGCAGACAAGCAAGCAGCUUUGGAAAAAGCAGAGCAAGUGGCUACACUUGCCGAGGAACAUGAAAAAGUGGCGCGAGAAGCGACGCAACAGCUGCUGCAGGUGACGGCGGAAAAGGACGCACUGACGUUCAAGCUUCAGAUGGCCACGUCUUUGGCCGAGCGUCGACUGUCGGAGGUCGAGGAGCUGCAGACGACAGUUAGAGAGCAAAACAAAGUGCUGGUCGAUGCCCAGCGCCAGGAGAUGCAGGCGCUGGAGCGUGCGGCCAAGCAGGAAGCACAGGUCGCACCACUGACUCAUGCUCUGACGAGGGCUAAAAAAGAGACGGAAGCUACGCAGCAGCACUCGCAGUGGCUCGAGACGCAGCUGAGCGAGAAGACUCGGACGGUGCAGGAGCUGCGACAUGAGCUGACAAAGUGCACACACGACCUGGAGGAGCUCAAGAUUCGUAGCACAGAAGAGCUCACGUCAGUGAAGCGACAGCUGGAGAGUGCACGUUUGGCGAACCAGAAGAUAGAAGGCGCGUUGAUCAAGAGCACAGAGGCAAUGAAAGAGCUGCAGGCCUCGAAGGUGCACGACGAGGAGGUGCUGCAAAACGAGCUGAAUGCGCAGUGUCGACUGGCUUCGUUGUACCAGGAGUCCGCAGCGGAGUCUUCUGCUCGUGUUGCAGAGCUGCAGACAGUGUGCGAGUCACUGCGCAAGUCGCUGUCUGACGCGGAGCAAAGACUGACACGUGAGACAGAGCGGGCGAAGGAGCAGGUCGAGCACUUGUUUCGAGAGCAGGCUAGAGCUUCUGAGGCUCGUAUUCAAGCACUUCAGGACGACCUGCAACAUGCUGAAGAAAAGGUCCAAGAGAUGGAAAAGAAGAAGAUCUUCUCUCUGCAGACAGCCAGUGCUGUGGCCGGGCUGUCUUCAUCUGCGGGCGAAGCUCACUUGGCCGCGCAUGGAUUGACACCUAUGCAAAUGUACGAUCACAUCGUCGAGCUGGAAGAGACACUUCAAGCGGAGCGCAAAGAAAAGGACAAAGUACAGCUGUACAUGGAUCGCAUCGUCAAGGAGAUACAGGAGAAAGCACCCAUUCUUGUUGGUUUGCGGCUGGAUCACGAGCGCAUUGUCGCUAGCCACACACAACUGAGUGAGCGGUUGGAGCAGUGCACGCAAGAGUUGGCAAAGAGUAAAGCUAAUGAGCAGCAUGCGAGAGAGGAGAAAACCGCGCUUGAAAAGAAGUGCGAGUCGCUCGGUCAGAAUGUUGAUGACCUGUCACGUCAAGUUCAGCACUUGCUUUUCCGCUCCCAGGAUUCGUAUAAACGACCCAACAAUCUUGAAUCCGGCGAUGUUGGGUCCGAGAAUCUAGUGGUGUUCAAAGACGUAGAAGAGCUGCAAGUGCGGAAUCAGCAGCUCUUGACGGUCGUUCGCGAGCUCACUGAGAUGAACAAAUCCGCGACAAGUAAUGGUGGUACCGAGUCAACGGACUCGACUGCACAUGUAAUCGUUGCUAGUGACUUUGAUGAUAACGUUGACCAAAUCGGUGCAUCUAGUGCGAUUAAGAAGCGGUUGUCGAUGGCUUGCAAAGAGAUUCAGGAACUGCGUAGCGAGCGGGAGCAGGAGCGCGAGAUGAUCGCAGCCAUUGUGAAGCAGCGUGAUAUGUACCGUGUGCUGCUGGCCCAGUCCGACACUAAAUUCGUGGAAGGUGGCACUAGCGCUAGCAGCGUUGAUACUCGAGAAACAUCCAUACCAGCGGGCACUCCUCGUGGUCCAUUGGAAAUGUUCGAAAGCGAAAAAAUUCGUGAGGUGCAGAUGGAGUUUGAAGAUUACAAAAUGGAGAAGCAGGCCAAUCUGAGAUUGCUACAGGAAGCUCUUGAUCAGGAACGGGCCAAAAGCUCGGCAUCGCGGUUGGCACAGAUGCAAGCGCAGGUGGAAGCUGCGUGCAACAAAGAGCGCUACGAAGCGUCAGAGGAACGAUGCGCUAACGCGGAGAACGAGCUCGCACGUUUGCGGUCGAAGACAGACCAGCUGAGCUCCCUGAUGUUGCAGCAUCAGCACAUGCUCACAAAUACGGAGUCGAAGCUGGAAACUGCAGCAUUGCGUGUACAGAGUCUCACUGUCGAAAAAGACGCGGCUGUCCGUGAGGGUGAGUUUCUGCGCAAGAAUGAGGAGAAAAUCCAGCAGGAGCUGGUCACGGUGCGCCUUGACAAUACGAAUUUGCUCAAACUUAUGGAGUCGACGCGUCGCAUGGAAAGCGGGCGUGAGGAGCGUGACCGCCGUGAAGUGGAGACUUUGUCGAAGAAAGUGACGACACUUGAGACGAAACUACACGAUGCGUACGAAAAGCUGGAUGCGAAAGAGGCUACUUUUGGAGCGCAAGUCUUGGCUGCUGAGAGGGAAAAGCAAGCAGCAGUGGGUGAACUAGCAAAACUCAAGGAAGUUCACAGUCGAUUGAAGGAGCAGCUUGCGCGGCUUGAAGAGCAGAAAAAAGCUUUGGACGAUAGGUCCGCUUUGCUUGAAAAAGAGGCCGCACAUUUGCGUGAGCAGCUUCAGAAAGGAGCAAGUGUCGCAGCUGCUGAACGUGUUGCAGCGUUGGAGGUCCAACUCCGUGACGCUCAGCGCGAAGUGCAAGCGUCGCUUGUGUCACGAAAGACGCUCACCGAAAGCGUGACAAAGUACAGGGCUUUGGCUGAAGCGAGCGAAAAGAGUCUGGCGGAGUUGUCAAGCGCAAGUGAAAAGUGGAAACAAAGCGAAGCCGAGAAGAUGCAGGAGCUUGAGAAAUCCCGUGACCAAUUGAAAGGGGAUCUGGUAAAGGCACGAGCGGAACUGAAAGAGCAUAUUAUAGAGAACAACAGCUUGCGGGAAGGUAUCGAUCGGACCGAGAAAGCGCACAAACAGUCGAUGGUUGAAGCCACAGAGACGCAAGAAAUGCUACAGCUUCGAGUCGACAGUGCCACGCAACAGAUGAACAGCGCACGUGAAGAAAUGACAAAGAUGAAGCGUGAAUUGGAGACGACGCAGGAAAACUAUGAGCGUGAAUUGCAGCUUCACGCAGCUGAAGUAUCGAAGUCAUCGACGGCUCGUCGAGAAAUGGAGCAAGUUCGAAAGACUGUUCGGGAACGUGAGGCUGAAAUUGAAGCGCUGAAUGUGAAGGUAGAGAUAGUGGAAAGGGAGACACAAAUUCAGUUGGAGAGACUUCAAAAGCGUGUUGAUGAAGCGGUUGAGGCCAAGAAUGCGGUCGCAGAGCAGAACAAGUUACUACACUCUCAACUGGAGCGUGCAGCCGCUCAAGUGCGUCGAGCGCAUGAGCAGGACAUGCUGAAGAUGAUAAACGCACCAGUGUCAGCAUCAAACCAAGAGGCUGGCGAAGGGGCUGUUGAACCGAGCACGCACGAAAAAGAAAUUGAUGAUCUCCGGAGCGUGGUUGCAUACUUGCGACGGGAAAGUGAGAUCACUGAAUCGAAGCUCGAGUUAUCUCAACAAGAAGUACAGCGUGGCCGCACCCAAAUAUUUAGCUUGGAGUCUACGAACGAACGUCUUCGUGGCGAGAUAAAAGCACUGGCUGAUUCGGCAACAGCAGCUGACAAGCAGACAACAGUGGCUUCUUCUGAUGACCAGAAGCGUGUUGCCCAGCUAGAACAGUUGAGUCUGCUGCGUGAGAGCAAUGCGACGCUGCGUGAUGAGCACCAGAAGAGUCUGGCAAAGUAUAGAGAAGAGGCGGCGAAGGUGCGCAGCCUCGAGGCCAAGCUAGUGCCCCUGCAGAAUGCUGAGACAGCUUUGAAAAUGCAAGUGGCGUCGCUGAAGCAGGAGGUUGAAACACUUAAUGAUGCCAAUAAGCGCUGGAAGCAGCGUGUCGAUCAGCUGGUUGAGAAGUAUCAGCAGGUUGAUCCAGCUGAGCACGAUAAGGUAGUUGCUGAAAAGGAAGCUUUGACGAAGGAACUUGCCGAGUUGAAGGCCGAGCAAACUAUCCUAAAGGCCGAGCUUGAGACUCUGCGUUCUUGUGGAGGCAAGGAGCUGGAAGAAGAGAAAAAGAAGGUUGAGAACUGGACGAAGCAGUACGAACGAAUCAAGGGGUUUGCGAAGAACUGGAAGAACAAAGCCGAGAUGCUGACCAAGCAACUUGCGGAAAAGAACAGGGAAUUAGACGAUCGCACAAGUACCAUUUCUACGGUAGAGGCCAAGCUUACCUCUGUCCAAGCGCAACUUAGCACUGUGACGACUGAAAAGGCGGCACUGGAAACAAAGCUGUCAGCUUGCGAGGCAGCAAAACAGGAGAGUGCUGCAGCAGCUAGUGGUGCGAAUACGUCAUGGGAAAAGGAGCGCCAGACGCUGAAGGCCCAAUUGGAGCUGGAAACGAAGAAGAGUUCACAGUUAAAGGAUUUCAACGCGCGACUCAUGUCGGGUCUGAAAAAUCUGAAGAAGGAAAACAGCGAUUUGAAGGACCAUGCAGCUACUGCUUCACAGCUCGUCGUGGCGCCUGAGAAAACGCCCAUCCCUUCGCCCCCUGCUUCUCCUCCUCAAGUGCCUCUUCCCAUUACGAUGGCGAUGACGUCGACAACGACGACAGUCGCUUCGCCAGCAAGACCAGCAUCAAGUCCCAGUCCGCUAUUUCUGUCUCCGACACCGGCUGUGGAGAAUGAACCGCCGGUGCAGCAGCAAGGUGCUGUAACCUCUGAAGCAGACAAUACUGUGGCUGGGUCUACUACUGAUGUAGCUACUUUAGCUACGCCUGCUGCACCGUCGCCUGCUCCGGUUUCCUCAGCGGGUGCAAUAGUCACGAUGGUGACCGCUACUACGAACGAUGCAAUGACUACCACAGUGCCUCCUGCGAACGCACCCACACCGGUACCCACUCUCCCAGCUCCCGUUCAGGCGACUCCUGCUAUUGCGCUCGUGCCGACGGUGCUGGCAUCGGUGACGGGAACACAGCCAAAAGAGUCGACUGAGAAAACCACUGAGAAAGCUGACGGAAUGACGGCCGAGGAGACGCUUCGGCAGUUUGCGUUGCGAUCCAUUAAGAAGCAGGUAGAAGGCGUCGCUCGCGUGAUCCCCACAAAGGUAUCCGCGCCUCCUGAUGCAGAAGAAGCCAAACCUGUUUCACGAAGUGAGACGUUAUCGUCAGAGAGUAGUGGCCAGUUCAAUCUCGGUGCUGGUACGAGCUUUGGUGCGUUCGGCUCUGGAGGACCAAGUGGGCUCGUGUUUGGCAAGCCGGGUAUCUCGCUGCCUGUUCCAUCUCCCCCGUCUCCAGGUGCUUCGCCGCUCCCGUACCUAUCGCUCGCUGGAGAGAGUGCACCGGCAGAAUCGUUGCGCCGCAGUCAGCGCCUUGCGCGUUUUGCGGAUGGUACUGCGGGUGCUUCCGCGAUCGAUGCGCCUCCAGGCAGUACCGAUGCAGUUGAAAGUGCUUUGACGAAGAGACCGCUGAGCAGCGGCAUGGCCGAGGAUAGUGCGCCUGCGCAGAAAGUUGCGAAGACAGGUGAAGACCAGACGAUGAAGACUACCACCGUGGCGACGACCAUCACGACUACCACCGUUUUGCCUACGACGACAGCUUCAGAAGGAAAACAAGAAGAAGACAGUCCUCCUGCACAGAUUGAGUCGACAGAGUCGCAGUCGACUUCACCGACGCAGUAA